AUCAGAAGCCCGCGCGGUGCAGGCUGGGAUGUGUUUUGAACCACAAUGGCGGCCAGGAAGAAGUUAAUGCCGCAAACUUCGAUGCUCAUUUAUUUACUUUGUUUACGGUCCGCUGCUGGAGAUAUCAAGUGGGACGAAAACGGUUACGUGUUGUACUGUCCUUGCAUGGGUCGCUUUGGGAACCAGGCGGACCACUUCCUGGGUUCUCUGGCCUUUGCUAAGAUGUUAAACCGGACCUUGGCCGUCCCUCCUUGGAUUGUGUACCGCCAUCACACUCCCCCUUACACUAAUGUGCACGUGCCCUACAGGGACUUCUUCAAACUGGAGGCUUUGUCAGCCUACCAUCGCGUGGUGGCGUUGGAGGACUUCAUGCGGGAGCUGGCGGACAAGCACUGGCCGAGAGGACGCAGGAAGGCAUACUGCUUUGAGGCGGCUGCCCAGCGAAGCGCCGACAAACGAUCCUGUCCCAUGAAGGAUGGGAAUCCGUUCGGUCCGUUCUGGGACUACGUCGGUGUGGAAUUUGAUGAGUCGGUUCUGUUCAGUGGAAUUUCCUUCAGUAGCUUCCACCAGCAGCAGUGGAUGACAAGGUUCCCCCCAGCCGAGCACCCGGUCCUGGCCAUGCCCGGAGCGCCGGCCCAGUUCCCGGUGCUGGAGGAUCAUGUGGGCCUGCAGCGCUACGUGGUGUGGUCGGACAGGAUGGCGCAGGAGGGCCAGGAGCGCAUCGCCGUCCUCCUGACCCGACCGUACGUCGGCCUUCACCUGAGGAUCGGCAGCGACUGGCAAAAUGCGUGUGAGCUGCUAAAGAGCGGCGACGCAGGCCCCCACUUCAUGGCCUCCCCUCAGUGCGUGGGCUACAACCGCCAGACGGCGCUGCCCCUCACCGCCACCAUGUGUCUGCCGGACCUGGCCGAGAUCCGCCGGGCCGUCAAGCUGUGGGUGAAGAAGACCUCGGCUCGCUCCGUCUACAUCGCCACCGACUCAGAGUCCCACAGCCGCGACAUCGACACGCUCUUCAAGGGCAAGGUGAAAGUGGUGAGCCUGCAUCCCGACUGGGCCCAGACGGACCUGUACAUCCUGGCCCAGGCCGACCACUUCAUCGGGAACUGCGUGUCGUCCUUUUCUGCCUUUGUGAAGCGAGAGAGGGACGUCCAUCACCUUCCGUCCUCUUUCUUUGGCAUGGACCAACCCCGGAGCGCCACCAAGUUCCCAUCAGACGGGAGACGGCAGCAGCAGGACACACAACGACUUAGCAAAUCUGAACUUUAAUCAUUUCUGAUUGUUUUUUGGGGAGAGACUGAGGGACUAACUCUCUGCAGGGUCAUGUGACCUCCCUUGGGAUGCGGGUAGAGAAUAUUUUUCGUACAUGAAGUGACCGUUUAGUGAAAGUUGGGACCAGUUUUAAAACCUUCUGUAGUGCUGAUCCUUUUAGCUUUUUUUUCAGUAAAAAUAUUUUUGGAUAUUUCAAAGGAAAAAA